UGCAAUCUCUGAUACAAUAGUAUAUUCUCUUGCUGCCAUUAUUAUUUAUUUAUUUUAGUUCUUGAGUGCUGCCUUUCCAUUGAGAAAAAAAAGCACCCAAAGAGAAGAAAAUGGGGUCAGAGUCUCCACUUCACAUCCUCCUUGUGUCUUUUCCGGCGCAAGGACACAUAAACCCUCUUCUCCGGCUAGCCAAGUGCCUCGCCGCAAAGGGCUCCUCCGUCACCCUCGCCACCACACAAACCGCCGGCAAAUCCAUGCGAACCGCCACCAACAUCACCGACAAAGCACCCACUCCAAUCAGCGACGGUUCUCUCAAGUUCGAAUUCUUCGACGACGGUUUAGGCCCGGACGAUGAUUCCAUCAGAGGAAACCUCAGCCUCUACUUACAACAGCUCGAGCUUGUUGGGAGACAACAAAUUCUAAAAAUGAUCAAGGAACAUGCUGAUUCAAACAGGCAAAUUUCCUGCAUCAUAAACAACCCGUUUCUUCCAUGGGUUGUUGAUGUUGCAGAAGAACAGGGGAUUCCUUCUGCUCUGCUUUGGAUUCAAUCCAGUGCUGUCUUCACCGCUUACUACAGCUAUUUCCACAACCUUGUAACUUUCCCUUCCAAAGAAGACCCUCUUGCUGAUGUUCAGUUACCUUCAACUUCAAUAGUCCUCAAACACUGCGAAAUCCCAGAUUUUCUGCACCCUUCUUGUACAUAUCCAUUUCUGGGCACACUCAUCUUGGAACAGUUCAAGAACCUGAACAAAACAUUCUGCAUCCUGGUCGACACGUACGAGGAGCUAGAGCAUGAUUUCAUUGACUAUUUGUCAAAAACAUUCCUCAUCAGACCAGUGGGUCCUCUGUUCAAGAGCCCACAAGCAAAAAGUGCUGCAAUCAGAGGCGAUUUCAUGAAGAGUGAUGAUUGUAUUGAGUGGCUGAACUCAAAACCUCAAUCAUCUGUUGUGUAUGUUUCCUUUGGGAGUAUUGUGUACCUACCACAAGAACAAGUAGAUGAAAUUGCUUUUGGAUUGAAAAAAUCCCAGGUUUCGUUCUUAUGGGUGAUGAAGCCACCGCCAGAGGUAACGGGGCUUCAACCACACGUUCUUCCAUAUGGGUUUUUGGAGGAAACUGGUGAGAGAGGGAGAGUGGUGCAGUGGAGCCCACAAGAGGAGGUUCUAGCUCACCCUUCAGUGUCCUGUUUUCUGACACAUUGUGGGUGGAACUCUUCCAUGGAAGCUCUUACAUCAGGGGUGCCGGUGCUGACUUUUCCGGCGUGGGGAGACCAGGUGACAAACGCGAAGUUUCUGGUGGAUGUUUUCCAGGUGGGGCUCCGAUUGGGGUAUGGGCAGGUUGAGAAUAAGAGAGUGAUCAGCAGGGAUGAGGUGGAGAAGCGGUUGUUGGAGGUGACAACAGGGGAAAAAGCAGAGAAGUUGAAGAGGAGUGCGUUGAAGUGGAAGAUGGCGGCGGAGGCUGCGGUGGCCGGCGGUGGAACCUCCGAUAGGCACCUUGAUGCAUUCAUGGAUGAUAUCAAGAGACGUGGCUCUGUUAAUGGUCAAAGGGCGUAAGUGCCUUUUAGUGACGUGUUCUACAUUAUGACAAAUAAAAUGAAGUUGGACAUGUGAUCCCAUUGGUCAUUAGGGUUGAAGGAGAAGGAGCAACGUAUGAUAAUUUUAUUCUUCUUUUUUUUUUGGGUCUAUUUAUCUCUUUGUCAAUGUUAGGUGACCCCUAAUGUGGACCACUUUUAAAGUGGUCUAAUUUUAGACCACUUUUUUUAACCUGCUAUAAUAGGUCAACACAUCUUUUUUUAAAGAAAUUUAAUGUAUAACAAAUUUUUAAUGAUAUUUUUUCUUUAAAAAAAUAAUGUGUUGACCUGCUAUACCCAGUCAAAGUAGGUGGUGUAAAAUUACACCACCUAAAAUUGGUGCAUAUUAGGUUCACCCUCAAUGUUAAGUAUAGUUGAAAAUUGUCUAUCCUUAUAAUAAUAAUAAAAGUUAUCUAUCCUAGAUUAUUCUUAUU